GUGGUGUUGCCCCUAAUGGAGAAAUAUUUCUCGACACACCGCAACUACUUCAUAGCGGUUGCGACGGCGACCAAUAACGUCGGUGCGGCCAGUUUGAAAGAGAAAGAAAUGGUUGCCGCUCUCUUCUGCAAGCUGGCCAGCUUGCUGAGGUCCAGGUUGGCAGCCUUCGGGCCGGACGUCCGGAUCACCGUCCGCUGUCUCCAAGUGCUUGUAAAGGGCAUCGACGCCAAGUCUCUGGUGAAGAACUGUCCGGAGUUCAUCCGGACAUCGAUGUUGACGUUCUUCAACAAUGUUGCUGACGAUUUGGGGCAUACUAUACUCAACUUACAAGAGGUACGUUAA